UGCUCGCAGCGCUGAAAAACUUGUUGUCUGGGAAAAUGGCGUCAAACGUAGAGGCCCCGGAUCGUUGGUACCUCGCCCUCCUCGGCUUUGCGGAGCAUUUCCGAACCUCCAGUCCGCCCAAAAUACGACUUUGUGUGCACUGUCUCCAGGCCGUGUUUCAGUUUAAGCCCCCGCAGAGGAUCGAGGCUCGGACACAUCUUCAGCUGGGCUCGGUUCUCUACCAUCACACCAAGAACAGCGAUCUGGCUCGCAGCCACCUGGAGAAAGCGUGGUAUAUAUCUCAACAACUUCCUCAGUUUGAAGAUGUCAAAUUUGAAGCUGCCAGCAUUUUGUCUGAACUUUUCUGCCAACAGAAUUUGGUGGACUCUGCAAAACCCCUGCUGCGAAAAGCCAUCCAGAUUUCCCAGCAAACACCAUACUGGCACUGCAGACUGUUGUUCCAGUUGGCGCAACUUCAUACACUGGAGAAAGACUURGUGUCAGCGUGUGACCUUCUGGGAGUUGGAGCGGAGUAUGCUCGCGUGGUGGGUUCAGAAUAUACCAGGGCUUUGUUUCUUCUUAGUAAAGGAAUGUUGCUGCUAAUGGAGAGGAAACUCGGUGAGGUGCAUCCUCUUCUCACACUGUGUGGAACUAUAGUUGAAAACUGGCAGGGAAACCCGAUCCAAAAGGAGUCUCUGAGAGUUUUCUUCCUGGUGCUGCAAGUCACACACUACCUGGAUGCCGGGCAGGUGAAGAGCGUGAAGCCAUGUCUGAAGCAGCUGCAGCAGUGUAUCCAAACCAUCUCUACGCUUCAGGAUGAUGAGAUCCUGCCCACCAACCCAGCAGAUCUCUUCCACUGGCUCCCCAAGGAGCACAUGUGUGUCCUUGUAUAUUUGGUGACUGUCAUGCACUCCAUGCAAGCAGGUUAUCUGGAGAAAGCGCAAAAGUACACAGACAAGGCUCUUAUGCAACUAGAAAAACUUAAAAUGUUGGACUGCAGCCCCAUCCUCUCUACCUUUCAAGUYAUUCUGCUGGAGCACAUCAUCAUGUGCCGACUCGUUACAGGCCACAAAGCUACAGCAUUACAAGAGAUCUCACAGGUUUGUCAGCUGUGCCAGCAGUCCCCGAGGUUAUUCACCAACCAUGCUGCGCAGCUUCACACUCUAUUAGGUUUGUACUGUAUCUCAGUGAACUGUAUGGACAACGCUGAGGCACAGUUUACUACAGCACUACGGCUCACCACACACCAGGAGCUGUGGACGUACAUCGUAACCAACUUGGCUAGCGUCUACAUAAGGGAAGGAAAUCGGCACCAGGAGCUAUACAACCUUCUGGAGAGAAUAAAUCCAGACCACAACUUCCCAGUAAGYUCCCACUGCCUCCGUGCUGCAGCUUUCUACAUCAGAGGUCUCUUAUCCUUCUUUCAGGGACGCUACAAUGAGGCAAAACGUUUCCUAAGAGAAACUUUAAAGAUGUCUAACGCAGAGGAUCUGAACAGACUCACUGCCUGCUCUCUGGUUCUGCUGGGCCACAUUUUCUACGUACUGGGAAACCACAGAGAAAGUAACAACAUGGUUGUACCAGCCAUGCAGCUGGCCAGCAAGAUCCCUGAUAUGUCUGUCCAGCUCUGGUCUUCAGCGCUGUUGAAAGACUUGAACAAAGCCCUUGGAAAUGGCAGAGAUGCCCAUGAAGCAACACAGAUGCACCAGAACUUCUCCCAGCAGCUGCUGCAGGACCACAUCGCUGCCUGCAGCCUCCCUGAGCAUAACCUCAUCACUUGGACAGACGGCCCUCCUCCAGUCCAGAUUCAGGCGCAGAAUGGUCCGACCACCAGCCUUGCAAGCUUGCUAUGAGACACCUUGYGUUACCAGUGAUUAUCGCCGGUAAAUGAUCACAAACUGUAAAACGAUGCCUAACAACUUAAUAUCCAGACCUCUGUAGCUUGAAAGGAUUUAAACAGGUGACAGGUUGGACCUUCACUUCACUUUGCUUCUCAAGAUUUUUUUUUUUUUUCCGAUUUGAUUGCCUGUUAUUUUUCAUUUUAAAGUGGUAAAACAAUAACACACUGAUGGCUUGGACACGUACGGGGCACCAGAACAGGGUCAGGUGGUUGUUUAGGAGGACUGAUGGAUGUCAAGACUUCAUUGCCUCGCAUAUAGGGAAGCCUUCGUAUUUCCCUGGAGUUUGUUUAUUUCCAUUUAUUGGAAAAAACAAUGGGUUAUAGGGAGCAGAUAAGAGUAGAUAAAAUUAAUUUAUUCAUGUUGCUAUUUUUGUAACUGUUAAAUAUUUUACAUCUUGCCUUUUUUUGUACGGAUACUGUUUUUUCUUUCCCAUGCAUGGAAGAUAUUGUUGCCGACUCCCUUUACCAUAGUUCUUGAGCUUGAGUUGCUAACUUUAAAUUCUUGAUCAUUUUUGCACAAAAUCCAUGGUAGGAAAUUUGGGGACUUAGGACUUUUUUUUUUUUUUUUUUGCAGAAUAUCAGUUUUAAGUGUCUCAUUUUUCACAUUAGCAGUGUUUGUUUGUUUCAGGCCAUCCACAAGUUACCGUGUUUUAAUAGAUGCAUUUAAAAACUAGUAGAAUUUAUAUCAUCACUAAUACCCUGAAAACAUUCAGAUUUCAUUAAUGUAUUUAAGUUUCAUGAUAGACUUCAUGUAUUACUCUUUUCACAAACCACAUCAAGACUUGGAGCUUUUUUCAGACAUUGAAGAAAAUAAAAAWUUAUUUUAUUUUUGUUAUAUUUUAAUUUGUCUUGAUAGUGCUACUAAAUGGUCUUUUCACAGUAUGUUUGUAUAAAUUUGCCACUUGUUGAACCUUUUAUUGUACAGUGACAUUUUAUAAAUUCAAUUUAGUAAAGUGUGAUAUGUAUUUUAGCUAUUCUAUGUAGGUAUCUUGACGCUUGGUAUUUAAAGCACUGUAACGAGUGGACACACAGUUUAAGCUUGAGUACUAGCCAUAUUUUAUCCAAUGCCUCUGUUUUUAAUUCUUACAUUGUUUUCAAUAAAUUUCCAAUAAAAGUAUGAUUGAAAAUUUA